ACAACAACAAUGGCGAUGAACAUCAAAAAAGGUCGUGGUUACUUGUUCUGAGGUGUUCACUCCGAAUUUUAUAGACAACCUUAAAUUAAAUCUUACUAGAAAUAAUAUUUCAUGAUAUCAGUUAAUGAAAAGAGAAGGCCGGUAUGGUAAUCCCUUAUUUUUGUGCGUUUUAUUAUUUCUACAGAAAUAAAAUUAAUUUUUACCUCAUGGAAUUGAAUUGAAUUGGCGGUAUUUGGUAAUCUACCACUUCAGCGUCGGCCAAAAAAAAAUCCAGUUGUUCCGUUUGGAAGGGCUAUUUAAACAACUAUUCUUACUUUGGAGUCUGUUAAUAUUUUUGCUUCUGUAUAGAGGCUAUAAAGUUAUAUAGCACAAUACUAAUACUAAUACGUUUAAAUACUUAUUACUGCCAAGCUACCGAUAUGCGAGGAAGAAAGAGAGACAACAAUUAUUUUUUUUUUUUUUGAUCCAGAUGACGCGGACGUCCAUACACAGAAUGUGGAAAACCUGAAUGCUCAGAAAGCAUAAACUGAAAAGACGGUUUGGCACAAGAAGCGCCGUUGAUCUUUCCCCUUCAUAUUUUCGUGGAUUCAUCUACCACAACCGUUUUCGUGGAAAUUAUAUUUUUUUAAAACUUCAUUGUCAACUUGGGAGAGAACUAUGCAUAAUUCCCUGUUCAAUCAUUAUCUUCUAUUUCAAAAAAAUUGUUAUAGUUUUUCUAAUUUAAAAAAAAAAAUUGUCUAUUAUUAUUGGAAAUGAAUGCGUACAACCAAUGUCAUUAAAAAUAAUGUAAGAAUAGUUGUUUAAAUAGCCCUUCAAACAGGAACAGCUGGAUUUUUUCUUGGCUGACGCUCAAGUGGUAGAUUACCGAAUUGGCAUUUCAUUGAAAAUUGGAACUUCAUAAAAUUAAAAUCAUUAAAAGUAUUUUUAAAAAUAAAAUACCAUCUUUUUGUUGGAAUACAACAAAAAUUUAACACAUUUUAGAAGGCCAAUUUAACAACCUUAGGAAUUAUGAAAAAAAAAUUUUACAGAAACAUAUUAAGACAAAGUAGUUGAGAGCGUUGACUGAACUAUUUUAAAUUACAGUAAUUUGUAUUUUUAAUUAUUACUGGUUAACUAGUAAGUAAUAGUAUAAACUUAUCUUAUAAGUAUAAGAUAGUAGUAGUACUUAACUUGGCUAAUUUGGAGAGAUAGCAGCCUGACUUCAUUUGCAUGUUGUGUCCCUGGUUCCAAUAGGGUCAAAACCCUGGUUCUGAUAGGGUCAAAACCUAGGUUAGGGAUAAGUUUAGGGUUCAGGUUAGGUUUAGGGAUAGAAUUAGGGUUCAGGUUAGGAUUUAGGGAUACAUGAAGGACAUAAGUUUGCGGGUAGCGGCAACCAAGAUGGUGGCCGCGGAGAUUUCAAAUUUACUGAUGCCUUAUAUUUACCAUGAAUUUCUAAUAUUGGAGUCUAUUGAAAAGGCAAAAAUUUAGGCUUACCAAAAUUUAUAAUGGAAAUGUAGGUCAAGGCGUCCACUACUGUUAACAUAUGGAUGAAUACCAUAACUUCUAUGACAAAAUAGUCCUUUUACAAAUGAAAAAGCAUCGACCUCCAAAAAUUAAAAACUUGCAUUCUACUGCGCCGAUUCCCAUUUUCCAUACAAAUCUUGAUGUAGUCUCCCUUGCCUUACCGAAGUGCCUACCAUGGAAAGAAACACGUCUGCUAAAAUGGGAGGGGAAAGUAGGAGAAUGUGCUGGCCUGGUUUAACAAUUUACAGAGAGAAAUGAAAGUAGGAAGAAAAGAAGUUAAAAUUUAAUAGUAUAGAUAUUUUUGCUGGUACAUAAAUUUUGGAGCGAGAGAAGCUACUUUAUUGGAUCCAUCUAGAUAUUGGGCGAGAAGCAUGUUGACUUGCGUCGCCUAUUUUCCUUGCACAAUAUCAGCCAGUACAUGCUCCCUUUCCCUCAACUAAAACAUGUGUGUGGCACAUUGUGGUAAGAAUAAAGUAAAAAGUGAAGAAAAACAAUACAAAAUAAUUUUAAAAUAAUAAAACCCAACUUACAGUUUCAUAGAAUGCACUUUUACAAACUUUAUUUCAUGUUCUACCCACCCAGUAGUGGUCAGAAAAUCAAAAAAUACUAAUUUUCCAAAUGUUAAAUAUUAUAAUUAACCGACCAAUGAAAUUUUAAUUUAAAACAUUCCAAUGGUCUUAUUAAAGAAAAGUUAACUUGCAACAACACAAGAAUAAACAAUAGGGAGAGAAUUCUACACACACACAUAUGUGUUGACAUGGAUUGCUGAAAUUGACCCUAGUAUCAUUCUCAUCUUUUUUUGCCAUUCCAUCAUGUAUUAAAAAAAAGUUAACUCUAGUAACAACACAAGUUUGAACAAAAGGGAGAAAAUCCUAGACACAUGGAUAACUCAUGCCAUGGAUUGCAGAAAUUGACCCUAGUAUCAUUUUCAAUUAAUGCCAUGAAGAUGAGAUGUUGGAUCUAUGUCCACAAUCAGGGCCAUGACAUAUGUGUGUGUGUAGGAUUCUCUCUCUUUUGUUCAUUCCUGUGUUGAACUAGAGUUAAUUUUUCUUUAAUACUACGAUAAGUGCGGAUUGCAUAAAUUUACUGUAUGUUAAAUUAACCUUCGUAGUUAUGCUUCUGUAGCUGUUUUCUGACUGUGAAUUCAUUUUUUCUCUAGAUUUGAAGACAUAUUGAAUGAUCAUUGAUAAUGUCUCGAUUUAACUGGGCGCCAAGUGCAUAUAAAUUGCUGAAUGGUGUUAUAUGUGUCUAUAAGCCUGAAGGACUUCCUGUAUGUAAAGUGGUGCAAUCAAUUAAGACCAAUCUUUGCAAAGGUAAUAUUACAGAAGAAAACAUUUAACUACUCCAAAUUCAAACAAAAAAAUUUAGAAACAAAAACAGUUUUUUUAAGACUACAAACUACACUCUUACAAAAAUGUUGAUCAACUGUGGUAUGUUUUCCUCAGAGAUUUGUUGAUGAUGUUCCCACAUAAGUUAAUAAAUUCAUGAAUGAAAUUAUAUAUUGGUUCAUUUUUCUUCUCCAGGUCUUUAGUUACAAAAUGAGACAGGCCUUAGUAGUUGUUCUCUGAAGAGAAUUAUUAUUUUCUCAAUUAAAUUGAAAAAAAAAAACAACAGUUUAAUAUCUUUGAAAUUUUCUGCAUCUUUCUUUCAUAACAAAAAAUAUAACUGUUGAGCUCUAAAUCUGUCUGAAAAUGAUUACAAGUGAUUUAACAACUUGGUAGCCUCAGUGUGUGUAGGGAGGGGGGGGAUGUGUCCUCUCUAGGUAGAAAGACGGGUUGUCCAGGCUACUAAGUCAUUAAAUUUUCAAUAUUUCUUUCAUAACAAAAAAUAUAACUGGUGAGCUCUAAAUCUGUCUGAAAAUGAAUACAAGUGAUUUAACAACUUGGGAGCCUCAGUGUGUGUGGGGGGGGGGGGAUGUGUCCUCUCUAGGUAGAAAGACAGGUUCUCCAUGCUACUAAGUCAUUAAAUUUUCAAUCAGGUUUGAAAUAAUACAUCUGAUACUACUAAUGACAUGCUACAUUUCAGAUUUGAAUGCAUUACCUUGCUAUCAGCAUGAAAUACCGUUGAGCCAAACCCAUGUUCAUGAAAAUAAGAGUUAUAGUGCACUGACCAAAACUACUGAGCCUUGCAGCAUUCAAGAUUGGUCUGAGCACAGACUAGGUGAGAAAUUUGUAAAUAUAGACGUUGUAAGGGUCUGAGCACAGACUAAGAGAGAGACUUGUACAUGAAGACUUUGUAAUGGUCUGAGCACAGACUAGGUGAGAGACUUGUAAAUAGAGACUUUAUGAACAUUUUAACAUCAUUAGAAUUGAAAAUGAUGCAAAAUGUAAAUCCUGUUUCAAUGAUACCAGUAGUUUUAAUGGCACAUACUUCGAUCUAGAAUAUUAAAGCAAACUUGUACACUAUUGUCUCAUCAAUUACAACUUGCAUAGUCCCAGUAUGAUUACUCAUUGAUGUAUUAAAAAAUAUACUUUUAUACUAGUGUCUCAUCAAUUACAGCUUGCAUAGUCCCAGUAUGAAUGAAUACUCAUUGAUGUAUUAAAAAAAUAUACUUUUAUACUAGUGUCUCAUCAAUUACAACAGCAUAGUCCCAGUAUGAAUACUCAUCUUUGUAUUAAAAAAUAUACUUUUAUACAAUUGUCUCAUAAAUUACAACUUGCAUAGUUCCAGUAAGAAUACUCAAUUAUGAAUUAAAAAAUACUAGAUUUGCUUUUAAACUAAAUAUGUGUUUUAGAUCAUUUCUUGCAAGCUCAGCCUCAUUACAUCAUAGUUGUUUUCAAUUGUAAUUUAAUUUUAGUCUUCAAGCUAUAUUUGUUUUGGCCAUUGUUAACAAAUAAGAUAUUGUUGAUCAGUCCUUAGUACAUCAUAUUUAAUGGUAAGCUUGUUAAAGAAAUACAACUUGAUAAUAUUUGAAAGAAAAAAGUUAGAAUUAACUGGCAGUAGUUUAUUGAGAUAUGUUUGAGUAAAUUCUUUUUUUUUUUUUUUCUCAGUGCUGGGUGACCGUUAUGAUGAAUCUGAUUUCAAGCUAAGUUUCAUUGAUGGCAUCUCUAGGCAUACAUCUGGAGUUUUAGGUACUUGCUGUUUAUCCGCCUAUAUAUCAAAGGCUGAAUUAUUUUUUUACGUUAUCUAUAACAGUCAAAGUUAAAAAAAAUUUGUUGGUAAUAAAAAAUUAGUUUUAUUUAUAAAAGCCUGAUAUCACAUGGUCUAUACAAUACAAGUUAUGAAAAUUUAUACAGGAACUGUCGAAGAGUUUUUAAUCAAACUUAAUAAAAUGUGAAAUAUAUUUUCUGCAGUUCUUGGAAUCGGUCAGUUUGGACGUCAAAGUGUGGAAAUGAUCGCCAUGUCCAAAUUUUUACGAGUGAGUGAUAUUUCUGUUUUUAUUCGUUUGUACUUUACCAUUUAAAAGGUAACUCUGAAGUCUUAAUGAUUUUCAAUGAUUGAGUCGCUCAUAGUCAUACAUAAUUGGAAUUAGUGUAUGUAGCUACAACUCUGUUCCUUAGCUUAGGACAUAUUUUAUCUUUUAUCAGAUUUUGUUCCGUGAUGUGAUGGGAAACGCAUAAUAAAUUUAAAAAAACAAAAAAAAUUUUUAUUGUUAGUGUUAUCAAGUUAUUUGUGAUGAGAUUUUUCCUUCUUUACCUCCUGUGGUAUCCUCAGUCAAUAGAAAUCCAAAAUAAAAACAAUUUCAGUUCAAUGAACAGUGUAUACUCUCAACAAAAAAAAUUUAAAGUCUAACAAAAUUUUUUGUGUUAAAAUUUAAAAUUAAAAAAAAGAAUGACAAAAAUGGCUAACAUGUACAUUCCAAGUGUAACAUGUUAAAAAUAUCUAAUGUGUACAUUCCAGGUGCACCAUGUUAAAAUUUUCUAACGUGUACAUUUCCAGGCAUACCAUGUUAAAAAUAUCUAAUGUGUACAUUCCAGGUGUAUCAUGUUAAAAAUGUCUAACGUGUACAUUCCAGGUGUACCAUGUGAAAGGAAGGUUUGGAUGGGCCACACACAAUUUUUCUCCCAAAGGGCGAAUCAUUCAAAGAACAAGCUUCAGUGAGUUGUCCUCCCUUUCAUGUCAUUUAUGACUACAUUUAUGUUUGGCAAUAUUAACUGUUUAAUAAUUAUUUUUAAAGAGCAAAGAUUAUUGACUGAUUCUGUAUCACUUCUUCCUCUAUAUUUAGAGUACCCACGAUCAACGUAUUGAUCAUUCUGGCUCCUAUGUACAACUUUUUGUUGAUAUAUUACUAGUUAAAUUGAAGCAUACAUAUAUUAUGUGUAUAUGCGUGAAUAAAUGUUGUCUUUGACAGAACAUGUGUCACUAUCCAAACUUGAGAAACUGUGUUCUGCCACACAGGCCGCUCACACCAAGCAAAUGUACAGGUAUGUCUAAAUAAAUAAAUAAGGUACAGGUAUGUCUAGAUACAUAUGCAGGUAUGUCUAGAUAAACCUACCAUUCCAUCCAAUGCAUAUAAACACAUGUCUUAUUUUCAGAGAUAAUUGUUGUACAUAUUAACGAUGUAUGAGGAAAAGUUUGGGGUUUUUUUUUGGCUUUUUAUUUUUUGUGUAGACCAAAGCCUUUUAACUUCCUUAUUUAUCCACUUAGAGCAGCGUUCCCCAAACGCUGGUCCAUGGACCGGCACCGGUCGGCAAGCCUUACGUUACCGGUCCAGAGAGCAUGAAUAGUGAUGUUUAAAUAGAAAGAAAAUGUAAUGAAUAAAUCUGGCACCGGUCCCUGGUGCAGUUUGGAAACUUGUCCACCGGUCCGUGAAGCUUUAAAGUUUGGGAAACGCUGACUUAGAGGACUUGUUAAUCCACUUAGAGGAGUUGUUAAUCCAUUUAGAGGACUUGUUAAGGCAAGGCUCUCUGUGUGGCUGAUGACCUACACUUGAAGGAUUUAUUUAAACUCAUAUCAACUCUAUUUAUUAUUUAUAUUUAUCAGCACAAGUGGGUUAUUUCAGAACAAUUAUUAAAAUUCCUUGAUUCAAAUAUCAGUACUUUUAUUUCAUCCAAUUUAUAUUUAAAGACAGUGAAGAAAUUUUUUAGUUUCCACAAGUAAUUAUGUAAUUUUUUUUAAAGCUGGAUUUAUUUCAAAUUUUAAAAAAGUAAAAUAGAAACAGAUUGUCCUCUGAUGAUUGAAUUAAUUUGAUUUCCUUCUAACAUUUCUUGUUGCCAGUUUACACGGUGUGAAUCCUGACAGUCAAGAGGCCUACGAGAUGGCAGCCUCCGGGAUCAUUCGUCCUGCGCACAGAAAGACACAUCCCAUCCUGUAUGGCGUCAAGUGCAUUGAUUUUCAGCCUCCUGACUUCACUCUGGGUAAAUCUUGAGUUUGUGCUCACCAAAUGUUAAUAUUUCCCUUUCCUUUGUUGAAAGUGAUGAGCCAUUGUGUAGGAAGUUCAUGGCCUGGAACUCUAUAUUUAAAAUUAAUUACUUAGUCUCUGAGUUUUAGCCAUCUUAUGAUGCAGACUUUAACCCUUGAACUGUCAAAAUGGCCCAUGACCAGCUACUAUGGAUGCUUUUAUGGUGUUAUGGCUAAUGUAAUGGGGCUAUAUUACGAUUAAUGUUAUAAAUGCGAAUGAAUAAUAUACGUUUUUAUUUAUUUAUUUAUAUAUAUAUAUAUAUAUAUACAAUUAUAUAUAUAUAAAAGUGAAAGUUUAUUUGUGGCUGGAUUUGUUCCACAUACGUUUUUACGUGGAUUGAUGGAUCUUGACCAAACUUGGCACAUAUAUCCAUCAUUAUCCAGAAGGAACUCUUAAGGGGUUAUGAACUUUUUAUAACAUUCGGUUUGGGGCUGGGGGCCCAAAAUGUAGUUUUUUCCUAUAUAACCUAUAUAAAAAAAUUAACAACAAAAAUCCUAUACGAAUGGAUGGAUCUUGAAAAAACUUAGUACACAUACACUUUAUUAUCCAUACUCAAAUACCGAAAGGUACUGAACUCAUAAUAUCCAUUCCUAUGGGGCCGGGGGCCCCAUUUCAUUUUUUCUUAAAUAAGCCAUAUAAAUAUCAAUAGUCUUAGACAACACUAUAAUUUCUAUGUAAAUUGAUGGAUAUAGGCCUAUCGUUGUAGCAAUACCCUUCAUUGUCCGUUUUGAACUAUCGGUGAAUUUAAAACUAAUAAUAUUCAUUCUAGAAUUUUCCAGAAAGUUCAAUAAUUUUAAAAAACUAUAUCUAUGGCAUUUUUAAGUAGAUUUUAAUGGGACCAAUUUUAAAUUUUAACUUUAUUAUUUAUCCGUCUGAUAUUUGUAGGGUCCCCUAUCUAAGCCAUAAGUAGAUGGGUACAGUUAUGGAAUGGGCCCCCGGGGCCCCUUGAUUAACUUAAAAGAAAAAGUAUUAUAAUUAUGGUGUUUGUUGAAGAUCAUCGUAUUCAAAAAAUAAUUAGAAACGUUUUUUUACACAUGUUUUGAGCAGGUUAUUAAAUUUAAUCUAUAAUAUUCCAGAAAAGUCUAAAUUGUUCCAAAGGGGUAUAUAGUGGAAUCUAAGGGAAUAUUGAAAUGUUAGUUAGUUCUAUUCAUUUCUAUACUGCCCCAGAGUUUACUUUUCUCUCAGUACCACUGAAGAAUUUUUUGACAUGGGAUCCCAAAUGGGUCGGGAUCGCAUCAUAAUUUUUAUCCCAACCAGGUCAGGAUCCCACCAGAAAAAGGGAUUCCACCGGGAUCGGGAUCCUAACCUUGAAUGGAUCUACUGGGAUCGGGAUCACACCGGGAAACAGGACUGUGUUUAAAUCGUUAUCAGAAUGGGAUUGGGGUCCCAAUGGGAUCGGGGUCAAACCAGGAUGGGGUCCUAAUGCAAUCCUGGGCCACGCCGGGUAUAUAGGCUAGUAUAUAUAUAUAUAUAUAUAUAUAUACACACAUAUAUAUAUACACACAUAUAUGUAUAUAAAUAAGAGGGGUAACUCUUACAAAUUAAAAUAUAGUCCUAUUUAUAGAAAACUAAGGUAAAUAUUUCAUGUUUUCAUAUAUUUCUUUUAUUAUUUUGAAUGGAGCUGAAAUUGUGCAAUUUUUAUGUUAAAACUAGCUUGUAGGACUCAGAUGUUGGCCUUGCUUGUAGGACUCAGAUGUUGGCCUUGCUUGUAACAGUCGGUGUGGGUAGCAGUCAGUGUGGGUAGCAGUUGGUGUGGGUAGCAGUCAAUGUGGGUAGCAGUUGGUGUGGGUGACAGCCGGUGUGCGUAACAGUCUGUGUGGGUAACAGUCGGGAGUGGGUGUGAGUUGAAGAAAGGAUAAACAGCAGCACAAUUGUACUCAUUGUAGAAACGUCAAGGUCAUAUUCAUUUCACAUAACAGACAUUUUUUAGCAUUUAUAUCUUAACAUUAUUAUAGUUAUAGUAAUAAUUUGAUUUUUUUAACAAAUAAAUUAUGGGAAUAAUAAACUGCUUGGCUCAAGAAUCACAACCUGUAAAAAGCAUUUUUUAUACUGUGUUGCUGAAUUUUCGUACACAAUGACAAUGCGCCUUGUUUGAUAUGCACCUUGGUUCUCAUGCACCGCGGUUCACAUGCACCUUGGUUCACAUGCACCUUGGUUCACAUGCACCUUGGUUCACAUGCACCUUGGUUCACAUGCACCUUGGUUCACAUGCACCUUGGUUCACAUGCACCUUGGUUCACAUGCACCUUGGUUCACAUGCACCUUGGUUCACAUGCACAUUGGUUCACAUGCACAUUGGUUCACAUGCACCUUGGUUCACAUGCACCUUGGUUCACAUGCACCUUGGUUCACAUGCACCUUGGUUCACAUGCACCUUGGUUCACAUGCACAUUGGUUGACCUUAUGAUCAUCAAAGCUUUGUUUUUUUGCCCUUUCCCCUAAAAGUUUAACUUUUUCUUAUGAACAACUUUUCUAACUUUUAUUUCCAGAGAUUCACGGGAUCAACGAAUCCUGUCAGUUCUUACGCCAGCUUAUCAAUGACCUCGCCAUCAAACUCAAGACAACAGCCGUGUGCACCGGGAUUAGGCGACUGAGGUACGGAGCAUUUGAUGUGAAGAGAGCACUUCUCCGCCAACACUGGCACCUUGAUCAUAUCAUUGACAAUAUUGACAGCAACUUUGAACUCUUGACCCCGGAGAGGUUAUUCGUCGGUCCAGAAGCUGAAAAAGUCCAACUUCCUCCUGUCAAUCAGUAUGCGGGAUUCUUGUCUGAUGGUCAUCGCCUGCUUGGUCAGGAAGAUAUGUCUGGGCCUGAGCAAGAUGAUAUCAGCUUUUUGGAACAAUCAAAUGAAGAAGGAUCAUGUGAUGGACCUCAUGAAAGUUUCAACCUCAAAGAUUCUGUUUGUGAUCAAAAACCAGAAAAACCAUUGUAGACAUUCUAAAAAUUUACUGUAACCUAGAAAUGACUUUAUGUUUGUGGUCAAGAGAGGAAUGUCCCCUGUGUAAAUAAAAGCCAUUUAUUGUACAAUGA